AUGGCAAAAUACGAGGGCCUCCUCGACUUCCGCGUGCGGUGGUUUCCAUUCCAGCUCAACCCUCUGGCGUCGUAUGAGGGCGAGAACAAGCUUCAGAUGUACAAUGACAAGUUUGGGCCUGGCAGGGUGGCGCAGAUGAUACCCAUGAUGACGCGCACCUAUGCCGAGGAGGGCCUGCCCCCAUACAACAUGGACGGCCUGACCGGCAACACCCUCAACAGCCACCGCCUGCUGCUGUGGGCGGCGGAGGCGCACGGCCUGCAGGCGCAGAACCGGCUGGUGGACGAGCUUUUCAAGGGGCUGGGUCUGGCGGGGCCCUGGUGGGUGCGGCCGCCGGGGCCUGGUGGGUGCGGCGGCUGGGGCCUGGGCUACUUCACCGGGGCGCGCUUCAUCAACGACAGGGCCUUUCUCCUGGAGGCGGCCGCCGCGGCCGGCCUGCCCUCGGACGCUGCAGCAAAGGUUUUGGAUGACCCUGAGUCUUACCUUGAGGAGACACAGCAGGAGCUGCGGCGCUACCCUGGGGUGACGGGCGUGCCACACUUCGUGAUCAGGGCCGCGGGCGACCAGCGGCCCCUGGCGCGGCUCGGGGGCGCGCAGCCGCCGGAGGAGUUUCAGGAGGUGUUCGAGGGCAUUGUGGCGCGCGCGCAGCCGGGGGGGCCGGGGGCCAAGGCGGCGGCGGCGCCGGCCGGCGCCGACGGCGCGGCGUGCGGCGUGGGCGGCGGCGGCGGCGCGUGCUGA